AUGGCGCCCAAGCGCGCAGUUGCCGUUGUCACCGCCACGGCGGCUUUGGCCAUGCGCAUCAGGACUGCCAUGGCAUCAGGUGGCACCGGUGACCGUGGGAGUUUCUGCUGCUGGGCCGCAGACGACCUCACGGAUUUCUGCGGCACCUGCCUGCCGAUGGCCAUCGCCGGGCCUACGAGUUACUGCAGCAAGUCCCAGGCCGCGUGCAGCUCGUGCGGUUCGGCGACCUGGUGCGAGGAUAGCACAGAGAGACAUAAGGAGGAUGGUGCUGGAACAGAGCUGGUCCUCAGCUUCGAUGGCACGCACGCGCUCGUCGAGGGCGGUGUCAUUGGCAUGCGAGUGGGCGACAAAACCUACAACGUCACCGUGGUGGACUCCAGCUUCGAGGCGUUUCCGACGCCAGCUCCCACGCCAGCUCCAACGGCUGCGGCACCCGCACCAACGCUUGCGCUCGCGCCAGCCGCAGGCAAUCUGGUGCCGAACGUCGAGGCUGUGAAGCAGCACGGCAGGCUUCGCGUCCAGGGCAACACGAUCGUCGGGGAGCACGGGAUGCCGGUGCGUCUGCGAGGCAUGUCCAUGUUUUGGUCGCAGUGGAUGGGGCAGUAUUGGAACCCCGACACCAUUAGGUGGCUCAAGGAGGAUUGGCACGUGUCGUUCAUCCGCGCUGCUAUGGGCGUUGAGCAGGGCGGGUACCUGGAGAACCCCAGCGCAGAGAAGGCGAAGCUGCAGGCAGUGGUGGACGCCUGCAUCGACGUGGGCAUCUACGUGGUCAUCGACUGGCAUGCCUACCACGGCGAGGACCACGUCGAGGAGGCGAAGGCCUUUUUCAGCGAGAUGGCCCAGAAGUAUGGCGACAAGCCCCAUGUGCUCUUCGAGACGUACAACGAGCCUCAACAGGUCGACUGGUCGGGUGUCAUCAAGCCGUACCACGAGCAGAUCGUGCCUGUGAUCCGGGAGCAUUCCGACAACAUAAUCAUCCUGGGCACCAGGACUUGGUCGCAGGAGGUGGACGUGGCCUCGCAGGACCCGGUCCAGGGCGACAAUUUGGCCUAUACGGUCCACUUCUACGCCGCCUCGAUGGGCGCCGAUCUCCGAGGGAAGGUCUCGACCGCGCUCGCCAACGGCGCCGCCAUCUUCGCCACCGAAUGGGGCACCUGCGAAUACACAGGCGAUGGUCGCCUGGACCUGGAGGAGUCCCAGGCGUGGCAGGACUUCAUGGAGGAGAACCACAUCUCGGACUCAAACUGGGCCAUCAGCAACAAGGAGGAGUCGUGCUCCGCGCUGCGUGGCGGAGCCGGCGGCUCUGGCGGCUGGUCGGAGGGGGACCUGUCGGAGUCUGGCAAGUGGGUGCGCAGCUCCAUCCGGGAGUACAACUCGGACGAGCCGCUGGCCAGCGCCGGCGCGGCGAGCCCGACCACCCCCGGUGUGCAGCUCGAGAAGGCCGUGAUGCAGAAGCACGCCGUGCUGCGCGGCCCGGCUCGACUCCCGGGCGCCGGCAGCAGUGCCUGGCACGCCGCCGCCCUGCCCGCGCUGGCAGCGUGCGCCGGCGGCGCGCUGGCGCUGGCCGCGUGGGCCGCGCGGGCCCGGCGCGCGGCGGGGCUGGCGCGGUUCCUGGCCGUGGACCGGCAGCCGCUGGACAUCCCCAGCGGCUCCGACGGCCUGCCGCAGCUGCAGUGA